CUGUAUCCUCCAUCUCCCCCUCCUCCUUCUCCUCCCUCCAUUCCUCUCCCCCUCUGUGCUGGUCCUAUUCUUGAGGACUUGCUUGUGAAACGGGAGAGAUAAACAGACACUGAACGCAGAGGAAAGGACACGGGGAGAGAUAGUUUGUUAGAAUUUAGGAAAUACCUCCCUCCCCUUCCCCCUGUCUAUCUCUCCAUCUUCAUCCGUUGUCUCUUCUUUAAUGGAUAGAAAUUAUCCUGGCACAGGAUUCGGUGAUCUGGGCGCUGGAACGGGAUGGAGUUACGAGAGAUCGGCGAAGGCAAGUUUGGUUUAUGGGAGCUCCAGAUCCUCCCAUCCAGACUCAGAACUCCUCCACCGUCAACCUUAUGCCACACCACACCCCCUGCAAGGAUAUGCAACAAAUCAUCAUCCAGGCACUUCUGGACAAGGUGGAGCAUGGGGCACAGGAAGGAGCUUAGGGCUCUCAGGCUUGUUUGAUACUGGACUACAUCAUGCAAGUCCCUCAGGACCAGAUGCUUCAGUUAUGAACUUGAUCUCAGCUUUGGAAUCCCGAGGUGCUCAGCCACCCCCCUCUGCCUCUUCCCUUCUCUCCCAAUUUCGCACCCCCUCCUGGCAAACUGCAAUGCAUACUCCAGCCCCUGCAGAGCUAUUCAUUUCUGGUGCACUACCUGGCUCUAGCUCAUUUCCCUCUUCCUCUGCUCUGUCGGCAUAUCAGCACCCUGCAUCCUUCUCAGGGCGCUCCUUCCCUGGAGUGACCCCAUCAUUAUCUCUGCAGGACACGCCUACCUUCAGUCCUACUUCCAACGGUCUCCUGUCACCACAUGAUCCUUUGCUACACAUUAAAACACCCUCCCAGUCAAGUCUUGGCUUUGACCGUCUUCUGUCUUCACAGAGUGGGACUGCUUCAUAUAGAGGGCCACAAGAGCCCACUAGUGCUCCUCCACCACAAGCAUCUGCAUCCUCAUCAACACGCCAUUUACCACCUCAGUUUAACCUGCUGUCCUCACAGCUGCAGGAUCAGUCCUCUCAGCUCUACAAUUCCUCUGUUUUUUCUUCUGCACCCCCUCAACCGCCACAGUCCCAGGAAAGAGCCAUCUCCAGGCAAGACAGUGUGAUCAAGCACUACCAGAGACCUUCUCCUGGACAGUCUCAACUAUCCUCUUCCACACCUCAUCCCCUACAACACUAUCUUAGUUGUGGUGCAUCAGGAUACCAGCAGAUACCCCAUCAUCGGCAUGGCUCCUCCAUAAACUGUAGUCCACUGGGUGAGCAGAGUCCAUCAUCUGACCCCAAACCCUCUCCCCGAUCAGAGCAGAUAUAUCGGCCUAUUAUCCAGCCCCCGUACACUUCCUCCUCAGUCUCCUCCUCAGCUGGUUCGGGUGGUGGUAUUGGGACAACAGGAAAGAGUUCCAGUUCAAGUAGUGGCUACUCUUCCUCUGGCUCUUCCUCAUCUCGAACCCCUCACACUCCUCCUUCAGCUUCUUCCACCUCAUCUUCUUCCUCUUCUGCCUCUAAUCCUAAUGUCUCAUCCAGUACCUCCUCUGCACCCUCAAGGCAGCAACCACCACCCCAAUCAGCACCGCAACCCCCACCACCUCCACCUCCAACAGUGUCAUCCUCUUCUACGCAGCAGCAGCCACCCAAACCUUGCCUGUCUACAUAUGGCUCUCCAGUUGCUCCUGUCAAGCCAACUGCUGGCCUUCCUGGUCAAACCCCACCACAGCAACAGUCAUAUUCACCAAGCCAGCCACCCACCUCUCACUUGCCCCAGCCAUAUGGGGGAUUCAGUUCUCCGCAGACUCAGGAUCUUGGUUCCAGCCUUGGGGGGACAGGAAAAGCUUAUGGUAGUCUUGGAACUGCAGGACGUUCAUUUUCAGCUGAGGUGGUCUAUGGCUCUGAUUCAGGAUAUGGUUCUUUGCCACCAUCUCUUGGAGGGGCAGGAAGUCCCUCACUGGGCUAUGGUGGUACAGGACAUUCACCUGCCCUAAUGGUGUCUGGAGGUGGUACUGGUACAACAAACAGUACCACCGGAUCCGGAGCAGGUAGUUCAGGAAGUGUGGGGGGUGGUUCAGGUGGUGGUAGUGCUAGUGUAGCAAGUGGUGGAGGAUCAUACCACCUGCCAGAUUCCAGCCCGUCACCCUCAAGUAAUUCUGGAAUAAUCCGCCCAGGUCUGCACUCCCCUGCCCCAACUCGCCCUGCACAAUCACCUGGAGGAAAUGGGGGCAACAAGUACCUAUCCUCAGUUCUUUCCCCAGCAUUUCUGGCUUCUCCACAAGGAUAUUCAGACACAAGGUUGCCACCCCAGCAAUCACAGUCUUAUCACACAACGCCACCAAAAUCUAAGUCUGAUUCUGAUAUGCUUGGGGUAGAAAGAUCUCAAGAGGAGGACGAAGAAGAUGAGGAUGACUUUUUGAUUCAGCACUUAUUGCACUCACAGAGUCCAGCACCAAAUCCCUCCCAGCAUCAUUCUCAACAAGCUCAGCAAGUAGCCUCACAACAACCGCAGUCCCAGUCCAUUUCCCAGAGUAGAGAUGGAGGAAAGUCUCUCUCUGCUUAUGAACUAAACAAGGCAUCUGAAGAACGUUAUCAUCUACAGAGUGUCAUUCGGACUAAUAAUACCACCAACAAUGUGGCUUCAGUUGCUGCUGGCUCUUGUGGUCCAGGCACAGGUUUAGAGAACCAGUUGGAAAUGUCUCUGAAAAAGCAGCAACAGACUAAGUCUGAUAGAGUGCUUGCUGGAGCUGGUGCAAAUGGUGGCCGAGGUGCAGUUGAUUCUUUGUCACAUACUCAUUCUCAUGGUCAACAUGACUCCCUUGGUUCAGUGGUCCACUAUGGCAGAGGAGACCCUUAUAGUCAUCAGACACAUCAACUUCACCCUCCUCACCCAUCACACCCUCAGCAUUCACAGCACCCUCAUCCCCAUUCAAUGUCCCACUCACAUAUAGAUCUUAAGAAAGCUCAGGAUCCUUCAGAAUUACCCUACCUACGUAAGACUCCAGACUCUCAGCAGCAACAGACCCAGUCCUCCCUUGGACUAAUGGAUUCUCCACCCGACCCGUCUCAGCAAACCUCCCAGGCUCACCUUCUCCAGUCUGUCCUUUCGCAUACCACUCGAAACAAGAUGGACAACCAACAAACUCCUUCACAGCAACAACAACACUCAAUGACUCAACAAGCCAUGAUUAGACCAACUGGGGGAUUAGGUACUAAUGGCUCUGGAGGAGUAGACACUCAGCCACAGGCCUCUCAACUUCAACUCCAGCUCCAGUCCCAAACUAUGGAGGUCCACUAUGGACCUGAGGCUCAGCGAAACCAAAGCCAGUCAAGUCAGAAUUCUGUUUCACCACUAGACAUGCUAGAGAGAUCUCUCUCCAGAACAAAUAGUCGAGAAGGGCCAGGCCCAGCUGAUAGAGUUGGUGCAGGAGAUGGGAGCAGCACUGAUCAUCACAGACAACAACAACAACAUAGGAUGUCCUCACACCAUCAGUCCCACCACCCUCAACAACCAGCAGCAGAGCUUCAUGAUUUCUUGUCUGAUUCGGAUUUGAGCAUGUCAACCCCCUCUCAUUUGCACCAUAUGGCCUCACACCAUCCACCCCCUCAUGCCCACCAUCAGCCACAGGCACACUCUCACCAUCAGCAUCCUCACCAGCACCCUCACCACAUGCAACCAACUUCUGGACCUCCACAGCCCCAAUCCCAGCUCAGGGAACAAGAGCCACAGCUGGAUCAGCUCAAAGAGCAUCAAUAUGACACUGGUAGCCCUGUGGGAAAAACAGCUCAGAACCAGGUUCAGAGCCAAGACCAGCAACAACGGUUCAUGCCACUGACAUCUAUUUGUUUCCCAGAUUCACUUCUCCAAGAUGAGGAUCGUUCCUUUUUUCCAGGUAUGGAGGAUAUGUUCUGCUCUGAGGACUACAAGGCAAGUUGUGCUGGAGGUGGUGGAAGUGCAGGACAAGGGGGUCAGGAUGGUGUGCCAGAGGCACGUGGAACAGUACAAGAUGGAAUGGAUGCAGUUAAAGCUACAAGUGGAGGAGGUGCAUAUGACAUGAUGAGUCACCAUGGUGAUCAGGGUUAUGGGCAGUAUUGUCAUAGUUUGUCUGAAUCUGGCAAUGGUACUAUGCACUUAGAUCUGGACCCCUUGAAAUCCCAUGAACUCCCAUCCACUGUAAACACAGAACAACUAGGCUUAAUUCAGUCUCAGGGCCCAGGCCUUGGGAUGGGCAGCACAGGACACAUAGUGGACGGAACUGGAAACAAAAUGAUGGGCUCUGCGGGUGUAGGUAGUGGUCCUGGCACAGGGGGACUCACCUCACCAAUCUUUUGUUCCUCUAGACCUAAAAAACUUUUGAAAACAAGCUCUUUUCACCUCCUUAAACAGCGGAAAGAGCCUAAUGCCCAAUCACAGGCUAAGAAGAACUAUGCUCAAGAAUAUGAAUUUGAGGAUGAUGAGGAUAAAGCAGAUGUACCAGCUGACAUCCGCUUAAACAGCAGACGUCUGCCAGACUUGCUUCCUGAUCUUGUUUCUAGUUGCAGAAAGUCUGGAAGUGGUUCAGGAGUUGGCAGUUUAAGCCCUUUGAUGGGUGAUUUAGAUUUCUGCCACCCCUCAGGGUACCAAUCCCUUGGACCUCCUCCACAGCUGCUCCCACAUGAUGGCCCAAAGAAAAGGGGGAGGAAACCCACCAAACCUAAACGUGAGGGUCCACCAAGACCCAGGGGUAGGCCACGUAUUCGGCCUCUUCCUGAGCCUCCAUAUUGCAGGAACAUGAUGGGACCUGGUGGAGAAAGUAGAAGGGGCCGUGGUCGAGGAAGAGGACGUGGAAGGAAAGAUGAUCAAAUGCUAGAAAUGCACAGAGACAUGAACAAGGGGCAGAACUACCAACAACAAGCACCUCACCUCCAUCAUCAACCACAGUUACAACAGCACAUGCACCACCAUCUACAGCAGCAACAGCAGCACCAACCACAACAUAUGCAUCAACAGCAGCACCUACAUGUACAACAACUUCAUCAACACCAUCAACAACUUGCACAGCAUCAGCCUCAGCAACAAUACCAGGAACCCAUCAAACCAAUCAAAAUUAAGCUCCCUAUUCCUUCCAUACCCUCGUCUGACUCCCUACUGAGGACAGACUCCCUGUCUAGUACAGAUCCAGUUUUGUCUGAUGGUUCAGUAGGUUCUGCACCAUCACUUGGUUUGAGCCCAGGGCCCACUACCAGUGUGGACAUGAACAGAAUUGACAUGAACAGAAAUGAUAUGAGCUGUGGUCAGGAAAAGAUGAAGCAGAAACCCCAAGAGAUGUCCUGGGAGGGAGACAUAGAUGACCAAAUGACCCCAGAGGCCUGGGCCACCAUGCAGAAGCUUUCUGGCUCAAUGGAGGAGAAAUCUUCAGAGCUGAAGUCGGGUUUUAUAUCUUCCUUUCUGGAUUUUCUGAAAACGGGGAAGAAGCAGGCGGGCACUGAUGCUCCACCUGUGGACGGAUGCACUUCCACAGAUUCCUCUUCAGUAAAGGGAGGCAUUCGCCCAUUAUCUCCACAACCACCGCCUCCUCCACCUCCCCCCUUCGAAGACAACGAGGGUGAUGGAAGCCUGGGUCUCAGUAACUGUCCGUCCCCCUGUAAAAGACUUGACGAGGAGCUCAAGAGGAACCUAGAGACCCUGCCGUCAUUCUCCUCAGACGAGGAAGACUCUGUCAGUAAGAACCAGGACCUACAGAAGAGCAUCUCAUCAGCCAUUUCUGCCCUCUAUGACACACCCCACAGUCUCUCUGCUGUUCCACCUCCUCCUACACCAUCACCACCCACUCCGCAGACACUGGACUCUCUUAACACACCCCCGCCACCCCCACAACCUGAAUCUGUUCCGCGUGUACACACUGAACCUGAGACAGAAAUAAACACGUCACAGGAACUGGAUUCGCUCUCACGGCCCAACCUGCAGGAGGCACAUGUUCCAGGCAAGGAUGAGGAACCGGAAGAACCUGUGCAGGAGGUACAUGAAGAAAUAAAUCAGAAAGAAGACAGACAGACUGAAUGUGAGGAGGAAGGAGAGGAGUUGGAAGAAGACAGAAGUGAGAAGGAGGAAGUUGAUCAGAUAAGGACAGAGGAGCGCAAGCAAGAAGAAGAAGAAGAGCCUGAGUAUGAAAUGCUGGGUGCUCCCAAGGUUGAUGGAUCUCCAUCUGAGCCUCCGCCUGCACCCCCUUCUCCCCCAUCUCUUUCUCCUUCUCCCCCAACCUCCUCCUCCCCAUCUCAGAUCACUUCACUGCACCUGGCUAAGAAACAGUCCAACGCGGCCAUCGCCGGAGAGAGUGAGGAUGAUGACAGUGAGAGUGGGGGGGAGGGGAUCUUCAGAGAGAGGGAUGAAUUUGUGGUGCGCACUGAAGAUAUUGGUACUCUUAAGCUGGCGCUGCAGACAGGACGAGAGCCUCCUCCAAUAUGGAGGGUCCAGAAAGCUCUGCUGCAGAAGUUCGCUCCUGAAAUCAAAGAUGGACAGCGACAGUUUUGUGCUACCAGUAAUUAUUUGGGCUACUUUGGAGAUGCAAAGAUGCGUUAUCAGCGUUUAUAUGUCAAAUUCUUGGAGAAUGUGAAUAAAAAGGAUUAUGUCCGAGUGUGCUCGCGGAAACCCUGGCAUCGGCCCAGUCUCACACUGAGACGCCAGUCUCUUCCUAAGCCACAACCUGUACGCAGCCUGACUCCACCUCGCAUGGAACGAGAGGAUAGAGAGAAGGAGAGAGAGAGACAACGGGAGAAAGAGCAACGGGAACAAAGGGGAAAAGAAAAGGAGAAAGAGAGAGAAAGAGAAAAGGAAAGGGAGCGAGAACGAGAGAGGGAACAGAUCGAGAAAUCUAGGAGAGAAAAGGAAAAAGAGAAGUUAAGGGAGAGAGAACUUGAAAAGCAAAAAGAGAAGGAGAAACAAAAAGAAAGGGAAAAAGAGAAACAAAAAGAAAGGGAAAGAGAGAAGGAAAGAGAAAAACAACGAGAGAGAGAAAGGGAAAAGGAAAAACAAAAGGAGAAGGAGAGAGAGAGGGAAAGAGAAAGGGAGAAAGAGAAGGAAAGGGAAAAACAACGAGAGAAGGAGAGGGAGAAAGAGCGAGAGAAGGAAAAGAAGCUCCAAGAGCGACAAACUCAAGAGAAGCUGGAGAGGAAAACAGCAGUUGUGGAGCACGGGAGGGUCAAAGAGGAGAAGAGGGUUGACAGGACGAGGAGCAGGCCUGUGAAAGUAAAGGCAGAACCUCCACCUAAAAAGAGGAAGAAGUGGCUGAAAGAAAUGCCCUCUUCCUCUGAUUCAGACUCCUUCCCUGAUCCGCCUAGUGAGGAUGAAGUAUCCACACGCAGUGGAAUAAACAGUCGGGCCAUGAGAGAGAUGUUCCGCAGUUAUGUAGAGAUGCUGGUCAGCACUGCUCUGGACCCAGACAUGAUCCAAGCUCUUGAGGACACCAACGAUGAGCUUUAUCUCCCACCCAUGAGAAAGAUUGACAGUAUCCUCAACGAACAGAAACGAAGGCUGUUGAGAAGGGUCAACAUGAGUGUCCAGCAUCAGGAGGCACUGCACAUGUUCCCUCAAAUGACAGCAGACCCCCUAGACUCUGGAGCGGUUAAAGUGCACCUGGGUGGUGAGAGUUACAACCGCAAAACCCUCAACAGAGUCAAAAGGAGCCUUCCCAAACAGCAGGACCUGAAGCUGUCGACAGAGACUUGUCGAAUAUACAGUCUCUAUCACUCUCUCCAUCACUACAAAUAUCACACCUUUUUGCACUGUAAAAAGGAGACGGACAGCAUAGAACAGGCAGCGGAGGAGGAUCCGGGUCAGGAGGAGGUGGUUCAGCAGUGCAUGGCCAACCAGGGCUGGCUAGAGACUCUGUUCAAUUCCUUCAUUGAACUGCUGACGCUCAGCACCAAGGCUUAAGAUUCAGCUGUCGACGUUCCAAGCACAUCCUAUUUGGAGAAAGGAGAAACUCUUCUCUCUCAAACAAAACCAGUGCACCUCCAAGUUGCAGGAAAAUUAGAUUUUCCUUUGCAGAAUGUGUUAGAGCCACUGGCGGUUUAAGUU